AUGGCUCUGUCCCUGGCCGGCGAGUCGAUUCCCGGAGACGGCGGAGACUCGCUCGGCAUGAGCCCCGCCGGCCUCGCCUCCUACUACCCYUCUUUCCUUCCUCCCUCCCAGUACUUCGAGACGCCCCCCGACUUCUUCCAGCCCCUGAAACCUCUGGGCGGGCUGGUCUCUUCCUCCCCGCCUCUGCCUCCGUUCACCUUAAGCAGGGUUCCCCCUCUUCUGAGUCAGCCGCCCCCCCUGCCCGCCGAACCUUUCCCCAACCUUCACCUGCCCUUCUACACCAAGCUGCCGGCCCCCUUCCCUCCCGGUGAGGGCUCGGCCCUCGGGACGGGGGCCCCGGUGUCGCUGUCGCCGCCCUACCCGAGCCCCCCGMGCACGGCUGCCCGCAGCCCGGCAGACGGGGCGGCGGGGCAGAGCUACAGGUACCACUUCACCGAGGAGGAGCUCAACGCRGUGCUGUACGGGGCACUCCGGAGCAGCCAGCCCACCGGGAACCUCCACGCCAUCUCGGGGCUCCGGGUGUCCCCCGCCAGUUCGGGUAAGGGGAUAUUCGACGGCGGCGAGAGGGGCACAGGCCCGCUGUCACCCGCAGGGCUCUCGGUGAUGCGGGUGGCCUACGGGGACGUGUCCCAGCUCGGAGUCUUCUGUACGGACCCCAUCCCGAAAGGAGUCCGCUUCGGCCCUUUUCAAGGCAAAGUGGUCAACACCAGCGAGAUCAAGACUUACGACGACAACUCGCUGAUGUGGGAGAUCUUUGAAUACGGUGGCCUGAGCCACUUCAUAGACGGGAAGGGCGCCGCUGGUAACUGGAUGUCCCUGGUGAACUGUGCCAGGUUCCCCGAGGAGCAGAAUUUGACGGCAAUCCAGUGCCAGGGACAAAUCUUCUACGAGACCUGCAAGGAGAUCUUCCCGAAGCAAGAGCUGCUGGUGUGGUACGGCGAUUGCUAUGUGCAGUUCCUGGGCAUCCCCAUCAGCUUGAAGGGCAUGGCGGAGGGGAAGAAACCUCCGCAGCACCCCGAAGAAGCCGGGGAGAGCUUCAAGUGCGAGCGCUGCGGCAAAGUUUUUGCCUACAAGUACUACCGGGACAAACACCUCAAGUACACCCGCUGCGUGGACCAGGGGGACCGCAAAUUUCCUUGUCACCUUUGUGACCGAUCCUUUGAAAAAAGGGACAGGCUGAGGAUCCAUAUUCUCCACGUUCACGAAAAGCACAGACCUCACAAGUGCUCCGUGUGUGGGAAGAGCUUUUCUCAGUCCUCCAGCCUGAACAAACACAUGAGGGUUCACUCUGGGGAGCGCCCCUACAAAUGUGUCUACUGCAACAAGGCGUUCACAGCAUCCAGCAUCCUGCGCACUCACAUCCGCCAGCACUCGGGGGAGAAGCCCUUCAAGUGCAAGCACUGCGGCAAAGCCUUCGCCUCGCACGCAGCCCACGACAGCCACGUGCGGCGCACGCACAGCAAGGACAAGGGCUGCACGUGCUCCGUGUGYGGCCAGCACUUCCCCGGGCAGGAGGAUUACGACUUCCACAUGAAGAUUCAUGCUGCUCAUUAG